GAGGCGGAGGCGGACCCCCACGCGCGCCACCUCUACGACGCCGACAUGCUGAGGCACGCCGUGCCGGACGCCCCGCACUUCGUCAUGUUCUUCGCCCCGUGGUGUGGACACUGUCAGCGUCUGCAGCCAACUUGGAAUGAACUGGGAGACAAGUACAACAGUGUGGAAAAUUCACAAGUCUAUGUUGUGAAAGUGGAUUGCACUAAGGAUGCUCCACUGUGUUCUGAAUUUGGUGUCAGAGGAUACCCAACCCUAAAAUUAUUUAGACCAGACCGAGAAACGCUGAAGUAUCAAGGAGGUAGAGACUUUCAGUCACUGGAAAACUGGAUGUUGCAGAAUCUAAAAGAGGAAUCUGUUGAGCAAGAAUCUGAAUCGGAGCCUCUGAAAGAACCUGAAUCAAAGAAUGGCCUGUAUGAGCUCUCAGCAGCUAAUUUCAAAACACAUAUAGCACAAGGUGGCCACUUUAUCAAAUUCUUUGCCCCGUGGUGUGGCCACUGCAAGGCCCUGGCUCCAACGUGGGAACAGCUGGCUCUGUUCCUAGAAAAUUCCGAGACUGUCAAGAUUGGCAAGGUGGACUGCACACAGAAUUCAGAAAUCUGCUCGGCAAACCAAGUACGAGGCUAUCCAACACUCCUUUGGUUCAAAGACGGAGAAAAGGCUGACCAGUACAAAGGAAAGAGAGACUUGGAUUCCUUGAAGGAAUAUGUGGAUUCCCAGAUAAAAAUUCCCAAGGAAGAUUCUGCUGAUGCUAAGCCUACUGAGGCACCACCACCACAAGAAAUAAUUCCUGAGGGAGAGGCCAAGGUCCUUUCCCUCUCUGAAGAAGACUUUGAUCAAGAGGUUUCCAAAGGGAUCACUUUCAUUAAGUUCUAUGCUCCUUGGUGUGGUCACUGUAAAAACCUGGCUCCCACUUGGGAGAACCUCUCAAAAAAGAAUUUCCCAAGCCGAAUGGAUGUCAAGAUAGCAGAAGUAGACUGCACUGUUGAACCUAAUGUCUGCAACAGAUAUUCUGUGCGCGGCUACCCAACGCUGAUGCUUUUCCGUGGAGGGGAGAAAGUGAGCGAACACACCGGGGCAAGAGAUCUUGAAACACUGCAUAACUUCGUUUUGCGGCAAGCAAGGGACGAACUGUAAAGUGUACCUGUUUGGAUGCCCCCUGCCCUUGGCUGUGUCUGCCCAGUAAACAUGGGAAUUGAAUCAUGGUUACCAGUUUUCCAGUAGUGGUUAUUGGGGAACUGAAUGU